AUGCAACACGCAAAAAUUCCAAAAGUUAUUAUUAUCGGUGCAGGUCCAGGAGGACUUAGUCUUUAUCAUGCUUUAAUAAAUAACAAAGAAAAGAAAGAAUUCGAUGUAAAAAUCUUCGAACGGGACUCUGGACCAGAAGAUCGAUGGCAAGGGUAUCAUAUUAGUUUGAAUGCUCCUGGAAUUGUAUCUCUUUUAAAUUGCAUACCAUCCUCAAUCGCUUUAAACCUUCCCAAAGCGAUCCCAAAUCCGAUACCUGAUGUAGAAUUCCACGGGAUCUCGAUCAGCGAUGAAAAUGGAAGUAUUUUAUUUCGACCACCACUUAAACAACUUAAAGAACUUUUCGAAAUCGAAAAAGCCACCGAUAAUAUCGCAAUCAUUUCUUAUCGUGAUAGGCUUAGAGAUGUAUUAAUAGAAGGUGUACCGGUUCGAUGGGGUAAAAAAUGUAUUGGGUACGAAGAAACUAAAGAGGGUAUAUGGGUAAAAUUUGAAGAUGGUUCACGAGAAUUCUGUGACAUCUUGGUUGGCGCAGACGGGAUUAAUUCUCCAGUUCGAAAACAGAAAUUACCUGAAUUGCAAACUUUCAAUUAUGGAGUAACUACAGUUAAUGCAAAUAUUCCUGUACCAAAACGUCUUAUGGACAGAUUAAUUAAAGUCAAUGGUAACAGUUUAAUCCAGGAAACCCUUGGUUUAAAGGGCGAUUGGACAUUUACUUUAUUUCGAUUAAUCCCAAUUGAACAAGAAUCAGAUGACACGAAUAAAAACGAUUCAGAUGAACUUCAUUACAGAUUAACGUUAGCUUACAUGUAUCCCAAACGAUUAGAUGAGUCCGAUAACGUCAAGGUUGAUGAUAAUGAUCCUGCAUCAGUUAUUGAGCAUGUCAAAGAAAUAAUUCGAAAAUUAAGGCCAGAAAGUGAAAUGACUGACGUUCUACUAGGAUUAUGGGAUUUGGCUCCUAAAACUGAUUCAGAAAAAGAAAAUUUUCCAUUCAAGACUUAUCUUCCUAUACAACGAAGAGAAAUGCGUGAUAUCGAUCCAUUAUCUAUUAAUACUUGGACGAGUAAUCGAGUAACAUUAUUAGGGGAUGCAGCUCACGCUAUGAAUCCCAUAUUUGGGCUAGGGACUAACAAUGCUUUUCAAGAUGCUGAUAUUCUCUCUCAAGCACUAUUGAAUGGUUCGUCGGAAGAUUUGAUUCCUUGUAUACAAAAAUAUGAAAAUGAAAUGCGAAUAAGGUCGUCAGCUGACGUAUUAAAAUCUAGAAAGGCCGCACUUAGACAAUCUACUCCUAUUGGAUCCACUAAAGUGGAAGAUACUUAA